AUGAAACGCCUCUCGUCACCAUUCAUAGUUUUACUUCUACUUUCUAUAUGGAUAGCUGUCUUAUCAGCAGUCAACGGGCAACAGGUAGUAAGACCAGCACAACGUCCCGGUGCUGUGCGAAAUACUGAAGACGAUGAAAAUACCGGGGCAGACGGUGUGAUCGAUCGCAAUCGCAAUCGCAAUGGAGAUGGUGAUUUUGACAGUGAAAAUCGCCGAAACCGUAACAAUGUUCCAAAUCGAAAGAGACCAUUCGAUCGAAAUGAUGACGAAAACUUCGACGACGAUACGACUGACCGACGAAAUCGAUUUCCAGACCGAUCAAAAAACCGAGGUAACAAUACACCAGAUCGAAGAAAGCCAUUCAAUCGCGAUGACGGCGAUGAUGAUGAUUCGGACGAGCUACAGCCAUCAAAAGAUCGCAAACGAAAGAACGGAAAGAAAGAUAAACAUAUGAAAAAACACAAACAUGGGAAAGAUCAUCCUGCUUGCCGAAAACACGGAAAACGCCAUCCUGGUUGCAAACAUGCGCGAAAACAUCAUCAUCAUCAUCACCACGACCAUAAACGUCAUCGUCACCGAAAACCAAACGGUGGCAAAGAUGAUUUCAGUGACGAAGAACACGAUGAAGGAUUCGGUAGCAGGAAUAAAGGCCGCGGAAAGGAUAAAAAAGAUCGUAAUAACGAAAAUCCACGCCGUCGACCUGAUACAUCUGAUCGAAAUCAAAACGAGGAAGAUGUCGAUGAUUCAAAUUCAAAUAUCAUCAAUCGAAAUGAUGCCUAA